CCGCCCCCACCGUGUCUCCCAUCCCCCUCCCGAGACCGGAUUCGCGGACCGCAUCAGAGGUCUCGUCUAGCAGCCGAGUUCGCACGCCGGCGCGGGCGGAGGCCAUGGAGGACGAGGAGCACGAGGUGUACGGCCAGGAGAUCCCCGUCGACGGCGAGGACGUCGACAUGUCCGGUGCCGGCGACGACGCCACCAAGGUCCCGCUCCGCACCACUUCGCUCCCGCCGCCGCGUCCCCGCCCAAACCCUAGCGGUGGUACUGACCCGUGCUCGCGUGUGCAGCUGCAGGAGCUCGACGAGAUGAAGCGCCGCCUCAAGGAGAUGGAGGAGGAGGCCGCCGCGCUCCGCGAGAUGCAGGCCAAGGUCGCCAAGGAGAUGCAAGGUGUAGAUCCUAAUGCAACCACAUCUGAAAACAAAGAGGAGAUGGAUGCUCGGUCAGUAUUCGUUGGAAAUGUUGACUAUGCCUGCACUCCAGAAGAAGUGCAGCAGCACUUCAAUUCUUGUGGAACUGUCAACAGAGUGACAAUACUGACUGACAAGUUCGGGCAGCCUAAAGGUUUUGCUUAUGUGGAAUUUGUUGAAGUUGAAGCUGUUCAGGAAGCUGUUAAGCUGAAUGAGUCAGAGUUGCAUGGCCGCCAACUCAAGGUGGCACCAAAGAGGACUAAUGUUCCUGGGAUGAAGCAACCCCGCGGCCGAGGUUUCAAUCCCUACCAUGGCCACCCCUACAUGAGGCCAUAUGGUUAUAGUCCUUAUGGCUAUGGGAGAUUCCCCAGAUUCCGCCGCCCGCGCAGACCUUACUUUUGAAGCUCAGGUCUCCAUAGAGUUAUCAGCACAUGGAGCAUAGUCGGUUCAGAUUCAGGAGGAAGCUGGACCUUAUUCCCGCGUUCUGUUAUUUCAUAGCUUAACACCAUCCCGGGUUUAUGUUCCCAGACAUGUUUUCGAAUUGACGCUGCUUAUGGCUUGUAUUGUAGUGUUGUCUUUCAGUGACGGUUGUGUGAAACGAUUACGAUUUGGUUACACGGAAGGUACUGUUGUGAUGUUGCUGGGCUGCUGUUGCGGCGAUAACGUGUUUUGCUUAAAUGAAUGUAAGUUUGGAAUA